AUGGCAAAAUUCAUUGCCUUUUUAAAAUCAAUUGAAGGUAAAUAUUUUUAAAUACUAACUUACAAUACAGGAGACUUUUAACAGUGGAAGUUAAUGCAUAUUGUUUUCUAUUUCAGAUGGCACUUUACAGGAGUGCUUAGAAGACAGUGAUUUGAAAUUAACCGAACAAGAGAAAAGCAUCAUUCCUUUGUUGACACCAAGCCAUAUGCUACUGUUUGCAAGUGGAGCAGCCAACGCACAAUCUAUUGGUUUUGAUCCGAAACCAAUGAUAACCUUUGUUUAUGAUGAUGGAAAGUCUAUUCCUAGUGCACAAACCUACUCCAAUGCAUUAUAUUUAUAUAUCAAUGAUAAAACAACAAAUGGUGACUUAUCACAUGACCUCCUUGCAGCAUUAAUGAAUGGAGGCAUUUUCAGCAAAUUGUAA